GAAAAAAUAUUUUGGUGGUUCUGAUCAUAUGAUCAAAAGGACUGAUCAAUAUGUUAACUCAUAGGUCAAUAUAUAAGGUUUACCAUUUACAAACCCCGAUUUUUUGUCCAUACCUGCAUCUAUUUUUACCACGUACAUACUAAUAUUGUGAGACUUAUUUAGAUUCUCCUGAUCAUGUGGACUACAAUUGGUAGAAUUUGAUAUUGACUACAUGUGAUGUUACUUCUUUAAUUGGGAGGCAUUCAUUUACUCGUUUUAUGGGGCUUUUAAUUAUGACAUGCUUGUAUAUUUGCAGUGUUUUAGGGGACAAACAAAUGACACCUGAUGAUGAAAUAUCAGAUACUAUUGUCGAUGGACUUAUAGUAGAGAAUAUUAUACCAUAUAGGGAGUUAGAGGACGUGUAUGCUAGGGAAGGUCCCACGGAUUUGGAGGAAGCCAUUCGAUUAGAUGUAGAAGAUAUUGAAAAUGAAUUAAAUAGCAGUGGUGUGGUAGUUGAUGAUAAAAAUGGGGGGACCAAUGAAGCUAUAGAAGAUGGUGUUUUUGCAUAUGAACCAAGUGAGCAUGUUGAUGGGGGUGAAAGUUUUCUUGUUGAUGAUUCAACAAAGCACUUUGACAACCCCGUAGAGUACACAGAGGAACAAUGCAUUGGGAAGUAUUUUACCAAUGAAAAUGAUGCGUAUGAAUUUUACAACAAUUAUGCUCGGAAGAUGGGAUUUAGCGUUCGAAAAUCUAAAGUGGAAAGGUCAAGAAAAAGGAAAGAAGGAAUGAAUGAAGAGAGGGAUGUCUUGUCUCGCAUGUAUGUUUGUAGUAGGGAAGGUUUUAAGGACUGCAAUGAUAAAAGGCAAGAAGGAAAAGAAGUCAACCGUCGAGCUGAUAGUAGAAUUGGUUGUCCUGCUCGUCUACGGGUAAAAUCAAUUGAAGGGGGCUUGAUUGUUGACCAAUUCAUUUCAGGUCAUAACCAUAACCUCGUGGCACCCGAUGAAACUUAUCGGCUUCGAUCACAUCAAUGGCUCUCAGACUUGGUUGUACAGAUUGCGACCACUUUAGAUGAUUGUGGUAUAGGGCCGGCAACUAUUUAUGAGGUUGUGAAAACUAUGUCAGGUGGAGCCUCCAAGGUGGGUUUGCCAGAGUUGGCAUUUAAGAACUUUAUGAAGAGGAAAAAUCAGAAAUUUCUUGGGGUGGACUUACAAAGAUUUCUGGAAUACUUGCACCACACAAAACUAUGUGAUCCUGAAUUCUUUUGCAAAAUAGCCAAAACAGAGGAUGGUACAGUGCGAGGUAUCUUUUGGGUUGAUGGACAGGCAAGAGCUGCAUAUCGUGUAUUUGGUGAUGUCCUGGUAUUUGAUACAACAUAUAAGAAGAAUCGAUAUCACUUCCCAUUUGGUCCUUUUGUCGGAGUAAAUCAUCAUGGUCAGACUACUUUGUUUGGAUGUGGGUUGAUAGCAGAUGAGACAAUUGAGUCGUUUAUUUGGUUAUUCUCUACGUGGUUGAAAGCAAUGGAUAAUCGACCACCUGUGGCAAUUAUUACAGACCAAUGUCCAUCACUUUUGAGGGCCAUUCCACAUGUGUUUCCAAAUGCAAAGCAUAGGUACUGUUCAUGGCAUGUGCAAAAACAUUUUAUGGAACACCUGAGCAAUUUGUAUGGGACAAGUCCAUCAUUUAAAAAGGAUUUUGGGAGAUGUAUAUAUGGUAGUCAGACAGAAGAUGAAUUUGAGACAAGCUGGCAAGAGUUAUUAAUAGCUUACAAUCUCGUUGAACAUGAGUGGUUGAAGAAAAUGUACGAGCAGCGGGUUCAUUGGGUACCGUUAUAUCUUAAAGGUACUUUCUUUGCUGGCAUGUCAUCCACACAACGCAGCGAGGGGAUGAAUUAUUACUUUCGUGGUUACUUUAAGCAAUCAAUCCCAUUGCACAAGUUUGCACGACAAUAUGAAAAGGCUGUACAAAGACGUAGGGAGAGGGAAGCUAGUAGUGAUUUCUCCAGUAUCAACAAAAAACCUCCACUGUUAGUUGGUAAUCCUUUGGAGAUACAUGCAUCUAAAGUUUAUACGAGGAAGAUUUUUGAAAUCUUUAAGAAGCAGUGGUCUGCAGCACUGAUAUUGACAGCCACAGAAGAAGUACAUGGUCAAAAGAAAAAGUAUUUGGUCGGUCCCUUUGACAUUCCUGACGAGCAUAAGUGUGAAGUUUGGGAUGACAUUGAUGCAGGUGUUGUAACUUGUAGCUGUAAAUUGUUUGAGUUUAUGGGUUUAUUAUGCAAACACAUCUUGAGAGUCUUCCAUAAGACAGACCGCAAGGAGAUUCCUUCGCAGUACAUCUUAAAAAGAUGGACCAUGGAUGCAAGGAUUGAUUUGACGAAUAAGAUAGACAGAUUAAGUGAUGAAGGUUCUGUAUCAGUAACAGCUGCAUGGGCUUUUCAAGAUGCCUUGAGGAAUUUGAUAGCCACAGUUAGUGGUUCACAGGCAGCAUGUGAAUCUGCUACAACUGCGUUGAGGAUUGUGAAUCAAAGAAUCUUACGAGAAUUGGGUGCAUCAAACUUACAAACUCCUAUUGUUGAUCCACAACCCUCUUCUAAUGUUACACAUGACCCCCAUUGCAAUAUCCAUAUUCCUUUGGAUGUGAUCACAAGGGGUCGGCCUAAUUUAGGUCGUGCAAAACAUCCAAUGGAGAUGACAACUGGAAGGAAGAAUAGAUGUAGCAAUUGUGGCCAGUUAGGGCAUAACAAGGCAACUUGUAAGGUAGUAGUGGCGCCGGAAAAUGAUUUGGACACCACCUACAAUGAAGAACGGUUUUAGUUAGUGAUUUUUGGAUCAACAGUAUUUGAUCUCAUGUGUGGGUGUCUCUAUUUGAGUUUUAUGUGUGGCUGUUUAUGUUUUUUUUUUUAUAAGGAUAGGUGAUGUUAACAAUUUCCAUCCAUUUGAACUUUCACGUUUCGGUAGUAUUUGAAAUGAGUUUAUGUAUGUCUUUAGAAAUUUACUAGGACUGAAAAUCCAAAGAUUUACUUCCACAUUUUAGUUUGCCAUAGGAAAUUAUGCAAUUUCAUUGUGAUGGUUGAAUGAUAUAUGGGCAUUCUGCUUUGCAUGACUCUGUAGUGCUGCCCUUGGUGAAACUUAUUUUAUUAAUGGUUGAAU